UUCCUCUCCCCUCCACCGGUUCGAUUUUCAUUAGAUCUACUGCACUCCGACCACCAUCAGUUGACAUGUGCCCCACCACGCAACCCUACUGCCGUUGAUCUACUGGGACGACGUGGAAUCGCGCCAAAAAUCUUGGCUCGUGACUCCGCCAACUACACACGCCAUACCAGCAAAUUCCCCACCUCAAUAUCUUUUAGAUCUGCCCCACCUCACCUCCCAACCAUUGAUGUGUGGCCUCCACGUGCCACCACAGAGGCACGAGAAGACAAAUGAUAUGCUGCAGAUCAGUCCAUCUGAUGCCGGGAUGUGAUGCGUCUGUUCUAUUAGAUGACACCGCAAAUUUCACUGGGGAGAAGACAGCCGGUCCAAACGCAAAUUCUUUGAGGGGCUAUGAAGAAAUAGAUACCAUGAAGUCUCAAGUGGAAAGUAUUUGCCCUGGAGUUGUUUCCUGUGCAGAUAUCCUAGCUGUUGCAGCCCGUGAUUCUGUUGUUGCAUUAGGGGGGCCUUCAUGGACAGUUCAAUUAGGCAGAAGAGACUCGACCACAGCAGGUUUUGCAGCAGCAAAUAGUGAAAUGCCCUCUCCGGGGAUGGACCUCAGUGACCUUAUAACUGGCUUCUCCAAUAAAGGAUUUACUGAAAAAGAAAUGGUAGCUCUCUCAGGAGCUCAUACAAUAGGCGAAGUCAGGUGCUUGAUUUUCCGGGAACGUAUCUAUAACGAGACAAACAUCGAUUCAACAUAUGCAACAUCAUUAAAAUCAAACUGUUCAAGCACCGGUGGAGAUGACAACCUUUCCCCCUUAGAUGUCACUACCCCUGUCGUCUUUGAUAAUGCUUAUUUCAAGAACUUGGUGAAUAGUAAGGGAAUCAUGCACUCGGACCAACAGCUCUUCAAUGGAGGCUCCACAGACUCUCAGGUCACCACUUACAGCAACAACCCCGCAACUUUCAAAACUGAUUUUGCCAACGCCAUGGUGAAGAUGGGGAACCUUAGCCCCCUCACAGGAAGCAGUGGCCAAAUACGUACCGAUUGCAGGAAAAUUAACUGAAGCUUACCACUAAACUAAGUUACUUAAUUAAACAGAGUAUAGCGUUUCCUGUUUUCUGAGUUUUGUCUGAUGCAGUCACUACAUGAAUGAAGCGAUUGCAACAAAAUAUCUUCAUAAAUCCUGUUUGUGUCAUUUGCUGUUGUAGUUCCUUUUCUUCCCAAGUGUUGCCAUGAAUUGUGAAACAUAAAGCUUUGCUUUGAAUUCUAUUCUCAAAACACAAAUUUAGAAAUUACUGUAAUAGUUUGUUUGUUUUUGUAUGGAACAAUUGAG